GCCGGGGGGCAGGACGGCGGGGUCUCGGGCCUGGAGCGGCACCCCGGGCCGCAGCGCGAGUCGUGGAGCCCCCCGCCGCCGCCACCCCAAGACCCCGACGCGUGGGGGUCCGGGAGGGCUCCGGGGCCAGUCCAGACCUUGCGGCGGGGGCGGGGCCGCGGGCAGGGGAGGGGCCGGCGGAGCGGAGAGGCCCAGGGUCAAGACGUCCGGCCUCCGGGCCCGGGGGUGGGCGGCCGGGGCUCCAGGGCGGCGCUGAGCGGGCGGGCGGCGAGGGCCCGGGGCUCGGGGCUCUCAGGCCGGUCGCUGGAUCGUUCGCCAUCGCCGCCGCCGCCGCACUGGGAGCCGGCGGGGGAUGGAACGGGAGGCGUCGCCGUGGGGCCUCGAGCCCCGGGAUGUGCAGAGCCCCGACGAAACGGGGAGCCCCGAAGGGUCCCCGAAAGGCGACAGGAGUGAAAAUGAGGAAGAGGACAUUUCUCAGCAAGAAGGCACUGGGGACUAUGAGGUUGAAGAGAUACCUUUUGGGCUUGAACCCCAGAGCCCUGGGUCUGAGCCUCAGAGCCCCCGGUUUGAGCCCGAAAGCCCAGGUUUUGAGUCCCGGAGCCCUGACUUGGUGCCCCCAAGCCCUGAAUUUGCUCCCAGGAGCCCUGAAUCAGAUUCUCAGAGCCACGAGUUUGAAUCUGGCAGCCCUGGGUAUGAGCCCCGAAGUCCUGGGUAUGAGCCCAAGAGUCCUGGGUAUGAGCCCAAGAGCCCUGGGUAUGAGCCCAAAAGCCCUGGGUAUGAAUCUCAAAGUCCAGGCUGUGAAUCCCAGGAUCCUGAGCCCAAAACCCCAAGUCCUGAUUUUGAAGCUCAGAGUUCCAAAUUCCAGGAAGGUGUAGAAAUGCUUCUGAACCCCGAGGAGAAGACCCCCUUGAGCCUCCCCCUGGGAGUCCACCCGAUGGACUCCUUCACCCAGGGUUUUGCGGAGCAGCCCACGGGGGACCUACCCCUAGGGCCACCCUUUGAGAUGCCCACAGGGGCCCUGCUGACUCCACCCCAGUUUGAGAUGCUCCAGAACCCCAUGGGGCUGACCGGGACCCUCCGGGGGCCUGGGCGCAGGGGCGGCCGUGCCCGGGGCAGCCAGGGCCCUCGGCCCAACAUCUGCGGCAUCUGCGGGAAGAGCUUCGGGCGGGGCUCCACCCUGAUCCAGCACCAGCGCAUCCACACGGGGGAGAAGCCCUACAAGUGCGAGGUCUGCAGCAAGGCCUUCUCGCAGAGCUCCGACCUCAUCAAACACCAGCGCACGCACACGGGCGAGCGGCCCUACAAGUGUCCCCGCUGCGGCAAGGCCUUUGCCGACAGCUCCUACCUGCUCCGGCACCAGCGCACCCACUCCGGGCAGAAGCCCUACAAGUGCCCGCACUGUGGCAAAGCCUUCGGCGACAGCUCCUACCUCCUGCGCCACCAGCGCACCCACAGCCACGAGCGGCCCUACAGCUGCCCCGAGUGCGGCAAGUGCUACAGCCAGAACUCCUCACUGCGGAGCCACCAGCGGGUGCACACCGGCCAGCGGCCCUUCAGCUGCGGCAUCUGCGGCAAGAGCUUCUCCCAGCGCUCGGCGCUCAUCCCGCACGCCCGCAGCCACGCCCGCGAGAAGCCCUUCAAGUGCCCCGAGUGCGGCAAGCGCUUCGGCCAGAGCUCGGUGCUGGCCAUUCACGCCCGCACCCACCUGCCGGGCCGCACCUACAGCUGCCCCGACUGCGGCAAGACCUUCAACCGCUCGUCCACGCUCAUCCAGCACCAGCGCUCGCACACGGGCGAGCGGCCCUACCGCUGCGCGGUGUGCGGCAAGGGCUUCUGCCGCUCGUCCACGCUGCUGCAGCACCACCGCGUGCACAGCGGCGAGCGGCCCUACAAGUGCGACGACUGCGGCAAGGCCUUCUCGCAGAGCUCCGACCUCAUCCGCCACCAGCGCACCCACGCGGCUGGCCGCCGCUGAGCCGGGCCUGAGCCAGGCGGGCGGGAGGGCUGCAGCCAGCAAGUAGCCUUUGGAGAGACAGGACGGGGAGGCAGGACGGGGAGGCAGGACGGGGAGCCCAGGGGCCAGGGUGGAGGCGGCCGUGCCCCGGGCCUCCUGAGAACACGGCUCUGCAGGGCGUUUGGAGCGAGGCCAAGCAGGCAGCGGGAGGCGCUGGGCGAGAUCCAGGAAGCCAGGGCGGCGGCGGCGGUGGCGGCAGGGGGGCCCUUGGGUGGGCGCCUGACUUGGCCACGUGCUAGGCGGGGGUGGGGGGAGGGACGGGUCGGGUUACUUAACUAGCGUGGGGUAGCUUAGACUGGUAGCGGCUGAGUCCCUCUUGAGUCUGGAAGGGGGAGAGGGCAGGCCAGAUGGUGAGGAGGGCCCCCCUCCCCCCGGGGUAGGGACUUAGGCUUUGAAUGUGAACCCCAGCCUCCCUUUCUCAGGCUUUGGAACCCCUGACUUUUGAGUUCAAUAAAAGACUUUAUGUGGUCAAA